AUGGACGUAGAUCUUCCCGAGUCUCAGGACGCGUAUCAUCAAUUACAGACGUCACAUGAAUCAUUCAAUACUUUAAAUACGACCCAACCCAUAUCAAGUGAUCCGACGAAUCCGAAUCAGAAUACGAUUAUGACUAAUAAGAAGAAGAAUCUGGUAUUACAUGAAGGACCGGAUCAAAGUAGUCAUCCAAAAGAAUUAAAGGAUUAUCGGAUUGUAGCUUUACCUGCUACAUAUCGGUAUUAUAAACAAGAACAAGAACAAGAACAAGAGACGGAUAAAACAAGCUCUUCUUCUUCUUCAUAUCUCAUGACGGACUAUUGUUCCAAUGUGGUGAUUACGUCGAAAUAUACGACAUGGAAUUUCUUACCACUUUUUAUGCUCGAGAGUUUUCGUAAAUUAGCAAAUGCUUAUUUUCUUCUUGUUUCAAUAUUACAAUGUAUACGUAAUAUUAGUAAUACCAAUGGAGUUCCGACGAAUUUACCAGUGCUUGUAUUUAUUCUAUCAGUGGAUGGCAUACUUGCAAUUAUUGAAGAUCGAAGACGACAUGUGGCUGAUAAGGAGGCAAAUUCAGCACAAUGUCAUGUACUGACAGACACAUUUACAGGAUCAAGGAAUGCAUUGAAUCAUCCUCAUACAACAACAACGAGGCCAACGACUACGAGAACAAGUAGUAGUACUCAUGACUCGGAUAUUGUUAUCAUCCAUUGGGCUUCACUUACAGUUGGGUCAGUUGUGAAACUCUAUAAUCGUGAAACAGCUCCAGCGGAUCUAUUGAUAUUAGCUGUUGCUGAACCAAAUCCAAGUGAACCUGCAGGUAUUUGCUAUGUGGAAACCAAGAGUUUAGAUGGUGAGACAAAUCUCAAGUUACGUCAUGCAUGUGAUGCGACAAUGCAUGUGCAGACUACAGCACAGGUAGCUGCACUUACUGGACAACUACGAUGUGAAAAUCCUAAUAAAGCCAUUGGUCGCUUUGAUGGGACUUUGUCAGUGACGGAAGAAACAAAAAUGGGGGAGACACAUCCACAACCCAUUACAAUUAAGAAUGUACUGCUUCGUGGCUGUCAAUUGCGUAAUACUGAAUGGAUUUACGGUCUUGUCGUAAACACAGGCCCAGAUACAAAGAUCAUGCAGAGUGCAACAGCCACGCGUCCAAAGUGGAGCUCCAUUAAUGAGACAGUCAACAAGAUGAUCAUUUGGCUGUUUCUGAUGCUGUGCGUUUUUUGCAGUGUUGCUACGACUGUGCAAGUGAGCUGGCUUAGUGAUAACGUCGAAGCGAGCUGGUAUCUGAACUGGUUGCCCAACCUGACGAGUCAAUGGUUUGUUGGAUUUGGUUACUACUUUUUGCUGAUGUACCAGAUGAUUCCUGUGUCGCUGUAUGUGACUAUCUCGAUGGUUAUGUUUAUCCAGGCUAUUUUCAUGACUUGGGAUUUAGAUAUGUACUACGAAGAGGCGGAUGUGCGCAUGAUAGUGCGUUCUAUGGGAUUGAACGAGGAAUUGGGUCAAAUCUCCUAUGUGUUUAGUGAUAAGACUGGCACGCUGACGUGCAACGUCAUGGAGUUUCGAAAAUGCUCUAUAAACGGCGUGUCGUACGGUACAGGAACGACAGAGAUCGGCCGUGCCGCGCUCCGGCGCAAGGGUGUUGCUAUACCAGCAGAGAUGGAGUCGGACCCAGCUUCGCGUCAUGGAAAGAUUCCGUACGUUAAUUUUGAGGACGCACGGUUGUUCAGCGCGCUUGAGCGACCGAUUGCUGAUGACGCAUCAAACCGUGAAGCUGAGUUUUUCCUGCAUUUGAGUUUGUGCCAAACCGUGAUACCGGAAGCAGUGGAGGGCAGCUCCGAAGUGCGCUUUUCAGCCUCAUCACCUGAUGAACAGGCACUUGUGUCAGGUGCGAAGUUUUUUGGCUUUAGUUUUGAAUCCCGCGGUCUGGGUGUUGCUCGUGUGCGGGUGAAGCGUCCGGAGAUGAUUCGUCGCUUUGCGAAUGAUUCUGCCGGUGCGAAUGCUUUGCUAGAAUUUAAAAUCUUGGACGUCUUGGAAUUUACUAGUGACCGUAAGCGAAUGUCGGUUGUGGUCCAAUAUCCCAACGGAGAGUACUGGGUGCUCACGAAGGGUGCUGAUAACGUGAUUUAUCCUCUGUUGUCUAAGAGUAAGAGUGACCCUGAGAUUUUGAAGGAUACAAUGCAUCACUUAGAGACGUUUGGUGAUGAUGGUCUGCGUACGCUUACUAUUGCGCAACGAUGCGUGAGUGAGAAAGAAUAUUUGGACUGGAGGGCACGUUUCAAGGAGGCAAACUCUUCUUUGGAAGAAAUUGACAAGCGUAAGAAUGGCCAGCCCAACAAGAUCGACGAGCUUAUGACAGAGAUUGAGCGUGACUUGGAAUUGUUGGGUGCUACGGCAAUCGAGGACAAGUUGCAAAACAACGUUCCCAGUUGCAUCGCGAACCUCAUGCGGGCGGGUAUGCGAGUCUGGAUGCUUACGGGUGACAAGCAGGAGACCGCCAUUAACAUUUCGUAUGCGUGUCAGCUUAUGGAUAAUGACAUGCAGCAAUUUGUCUUCAAUUGCGAUCUAUACCCGACUACAGACGCCAUUCACAAGCAACUGUCAGAUGCAAAUGCGCAGGUACAACAAGGCAACGGUCGUCAUGCCGUCGUAAUCGACGGAGAAUGCCUGGAGUUGGCAUUGGCAGACGUUCGGUGUCAACAAGAGUUUUUGUCGCUGGCUAUGGCUUGUGAGUCUGUGGUGUGUUGCCGUGUGUCACCCAGCCAGAAGGCUGAGGUGGUGACUUUAGUGCGCGCUACUAACAAAAAGAUGCGAACGCUGGCGAUCGGUGAUGGUGCCAAUGAUGUGGCUAUGAUUCAGCGUGCACAUGUUGGUGUUGGUAUUUCGGGCCAAGAGGGUAUGCAAGCUGUGAAUUCGAGUGACUAUGCCAUUGGCCAAUUCUAUUUCUUGGAGAAGUUGUUGCUGCACCAUGGCCGUCUAAAUUAUAAGCGCAUGGCCAUUCUCGCAGGAUACAUGUUCUACAAGAACAUUGUGAUGGUGCUUGCGCAAUACUUUUUCAUGUUUUGCACGGGCUCGUCUGGCCAGAAGUUUUAUGGUGAAUUAGGAUUCCAGCUGUACAAUAUUUCGUACACUUCAUUUCCUAUCAUCGUGCUGGGUAUUUUUGACUACGAUGUGCCUUUUGAAGUGAGCAAAUACUUUCCCGAGCUGUAUUUGGUUGGACCGCGCAUGGAACUGUUUAAUAAUUACACCUUUUUCAAGUGGAUUUGCAGUGCUGUGUACGAGUCGGCUGUCAUCUUUGUAUUUGUUAUUUACGCUUUCAAUGAGAACCUUUCUAAUACGGGCAGCGCGCCGAUGGUGCAGUACGGAUUGCUUGCGUUCACAAUGGUAGUUUUGGUGGCCAACAUUAAACUAUCUAUGAUCCAGAUGUCUUGGAGCACUUAUGGUGGACUUUUGUGGCUUGCUGGCGUUCUUUCGUACCUUCCGCUAACGCCUCUCGUCUCGAGCUACUGGAUCUCGAUGUUUUCAACGGAAUACGGUAGUUUUCAAAACACGCUGGCACAAGAAACAUACUGGUUGGUGAUUCCAGUCUGUCUGGUUGUGUCGCUGAUCCGUCAUUUUACUUGGACCGCUAUUUGCCGCCGAUUCUAUCCGCAUCCGUGGCAGAUUGUCCAGGAACAUAUGACGCAGGAUGAUGAAGGCGCUUACAUUAAUUCAUCGUCUCCUAGCCGCGGUUACAAUGCACAACCGCACGAGUAUGUACCGGAACAGGCUCGACAUGUCGGUAAAUCUCAUGGAUCUGGUAGUGGCUUUGCGUUCAGCUACGAUCCUCAGACGUCUCUGGCUGAAUCGUACAUGUCAACGCACGAUGUGCGUCAAUCGUCUUCGGCAAUGAGUGAGGCAGAACAACGUAGCAGGAGGUCUCGAGAAGACUCACGUUCGUCUGAUUACGAGACUGCUCGCUCGGCUGAAGUCGUUGACUCUACGAAAGGAUCAUCCUCAACAGGACUUUUUCUCUAG